CUCAUGAGCAGUCACCAUGGCAUCGUGCAUAACACCAUGUGCGAAGAAGGCCGUCCUUAGCUCCCGAUGGGCAUUGACACCACACAUGACCAAAGGUAAGAAAGUACUCACAAGACCCCAUAGACGCCUCGGAGCAAAUUAUCAUGUCCAGUCUAAUAAAGACCAUACUACAAUUCCAAGAACAGCAAUCAAAGAAUAGACAAUGACCACGCCUCUCAUCAAAGCAGCCUAUAUAUCCCAUCACCACCAACCACCAUCCUUUCCACUCAUCACCUCAUUCACGAGUCCUCCAACGAAUCACUCAACAUGAAGCUCAUCACAAGCAUCGCCAUCCUGGUCCUCGCCCUCAGCGCGUCCAGCGAGCCCAUUCCGCAACCCUCCAGCAGCGAAAGCCACCAUUCGUUCUCACUAUCUCCUGAAAUGCUCUCCUCCCUCCAGGAAAUGCACCACUCUCACAUGGCGACAACACUCCCAAGCCACACGACUGGGGAGUCUGAAAUUGCGCAUGUCACGCCGAGUAAGUCCUUCACCAAACACACUCAUUCCACACACUCUACACUUCACGUCACCCGAGAACCAGAAGCGACCGACGCUGCGCCCUUCAAAUGAGAGUGCAAAGAAAUGCAAAUCCAAAAAGCCAAAGACAUCCACCACGAAAAAACACCGCGGGGCCACUCUGCGAUGCAAACGUCCCCGGCGUAGAAUGG